ACAGAAUUAAAAGAAAAAUAUAAAAAGAAAAUCAGAAUAAACCUUCAGGACACUUCUCCUCCCCCCAUACCCUCUUUUCUCUCCCACUGAAAACAUAAAGAGACAAAACCUGGGACUUUAAGUCAGUUUGCAACCUCUAAAACAGUCUUUCUUCAGUUCUCUUAGGGAGAGGAGUCUCUCUUGCCAUGCCAUGGAGACUUCUCCACAAGAAACAGUUCUCUUGUGGUUUUUAAUUUUCACAUAUAGCAGCCGUCCAGAAAUUCGCAAUUGUGAAGUCCCUCCCAUCUCUUGCAGCCUUCCCACAGCUGCAUUCAUGGGCCAUGUCAACUUAUGGGGUAUUAUUUUAAGGAUGAGCUGUUCCAGUAUAAAAGCAAAAGUUCUUUUCAUCCAUCUCUGGGAACAGAGGUUUUCUUCUUUCUAUUCCUGGGCAAGGUUCCUGUCUCUCAUCUCUCUCUGUUCAAGCUUCUCAUUGGAUCACAGCAGCUGCAACAUCUGCUUGUUUCAAAAUGGAUGCUUCUGCUCACGGCUGUGGUUAGAACGCUACAUGCCAUCCAAUGCAUUCCAUGACUCACGGGGAAAAAAAAAAGUCUGAUAUAUCAAAUAUAUCUUCACCAUAGCCUUACAAAAGAAUUUCAGCCCAAAACUAAGGCGUCUCCUCAAUCCCGUCCUGUCCAGAAUUUGACUCCUUUUUUACUGACCUCAGUGUCCCAUGUUUUUUUCUCUACGUGUCUUCACCCUUACCUUUUCCUGAUUCGGGAGAGAACCAGUGUUUGUAGGCCCAUUUGUUCUCAAGCUUAAUCAACUGAAACAGUUUUUAUAGAGCUCUGCAGUGCUGAAAGGUUGAUCUCAUCCAGGCUCUGCAUCAGAGAGAUCGCUCGCCGUGCCUCUCGCUGCUGGCCACGUGGUCUCCGCCGACACCGUGCGAGCUGUGCCGGCCGCUGGCUCUACUCAGUGCUUUUCUUCAUGUGGAGCACUGAAAACAGGAAAAGCUGCUGCAGCCAUUUUUGUCCUUCUGUCCACAGCAUGGCUUGCCAAAAAACAGCUUAAACAAAGUUCAUUGUGAGCCAUGCCAAGGCAGCCACAGCCGUGUGCCGCUGUCCCGGUUGUGCCGAUUUUGGCCGUGCAGCCCUGGCCAUGUGGCCGCUCCUGGUCCGGGAUGACGGAGGCCACUCCCGGCCCCAGUUGCUCCUGGCCUUGGGGCUGCCUCCAGUGUCAACUACGGGGCCACUCCCAGCUCUGCUCGCGGUCUCACGGUUGUACCUAGCAUUGGGAUGGCCAACAGUGGCAUGGCCCAGUGGCACCGCUGGCAAAAAAGGACCAGCAGGCUCUGCCGGGAAGGGGCUCCAGCCGCCCUGCCAGCAUGGGGUCUGGUGGGCUUCCCGGGAAGGGGCCAGCGUCAAGCAGAGCCCAGCACGGCCCAGCCCAGCCACACACCUGCCCAAAGGCCGAAAGCCAAGAGAGCUUCUGGGCUUUGCUCGUUUUUAAACCUGCUUUUCCACAGAGGCGUGUGCAACUCUUCUUGAGUGGUUUAACUGGAUGUCAAUCUUCAAAACUAGCCAGCUGAUUGGCUCUUCAAACUAGGCAGCUGAUUGGCUCUGCAGGCCCCACAGGGAACCGCCCCUGCGGCAGUGGGCUCCUCCCCAAGGGAAACGCAGACUUUGUUAAAGCAGGACACCAGUGCUCUGGAAGAGAGGAGGAGAGGAACAAGGCAGGGCAGAAGCAGUGCCUGGGCUCCCUGUGUGAGAGAUCUGUUUUGUGUCCAGUCAGCCCAGGGCCACGUAGCCCCACCUUCCACAGAGGCCUGAGUCUUGCCUGGACCAGGUGUCCUGAGCACCUGAGGGCUGCAGGUAUCCAUCUCAGUGAGAGGCAGAUACCCUGCAGUGAUGGCCAGGCUGCUGGCCAGGACCUGCUGCUUCAAAGCUCUUUCUCAGGCUCCCAGAUACCCUUCUGGGCUGGUGGCUGCCAGACCCUGGAGCCACGGGCCUCUCACUGCCUACAUGCCUGAAGCCAUCGCCUUCCCCAGACCCAAGGACCACCAAGAUUUGUACAAGGUGUCAGUGGAGCAGAGUGACAUCUUCUGGAGAGCACUAGGAAGGAGCCGGCUCACCUGGAUCACCCCCUUCCACUCUGUCCAGGACUGCGACUUGUGCCAGGGCAGAGUCUCCUGGUUCCUGGGGGGGCAGCUGAAUGUGACAGUGAAUUGUCUGGACCGUCACGUCCAUGUAGCCCCAGACAAAGUGGCCUUAAUCUGGGAGAAGGAUGAACCUGGAGAGGAGGUAGGGGUGACAUACAGGGAACUGCUGGAGCUGACGUGCCGCCUGGGAAAUACCUUGAAACGGCAAGGGGUGAAGCAGGGUGACAGGGUGACAAUCUACAUGCCCCCAUGCCCACUGGCAGUGGCUAGCAUGCUGGCCUGUGCCUGCAUCGGGGCUGUGCACGCUGUGGUGUUUGCUGGCUUCAGUGCAGAGUCUCUCGCUGACAGGAUCCAGGAUGCCCAGUCAGAGACAGUGAUUACAGUGAACCAGGGGCUAAGAGGUGGCAAGGUUAUUGAGCUAAAGAAGACAGUGGACCAGGCUGUGAAGCAGUGCCCUGGAGUGAAACGGGUUCUGGUUUCCAUGAGGACCACCAGCAAGGUUCCCAUGACAGCUCUAGAUGUGCCCCUGGAGGAGGAGAUGAUGAAGGAGGAUGCAUGCUGUGAGCCUGCUGUCAUGGACAGUGAAGACAUGUUGUGUCUUCUCUACACCUCAGGCAGUACUGGCAAACCCAAGGGCUUGGUUCAUUCCCAAGCUGGUUACUUGCUGUUUGCUGCUCUCACACACAAGUAUGUGUUCAACUACCAGGACGGGGACAUCUUUGGCUGUGUGGCAGACAUCGGCUGGAUCACAGGACACACCUAUGUGGUCUAUGGCCCCCUCUGCAAUGGUGGUACCACUGUCCUUUUUGAGAGCACUCCUGUCUAUCCUGACCCUGGCCGCUACUGGGAAACCGUACAGAGGUUAAGAAUUAACCAGUUCUAUGGGGCACCCACCUCCAUCCGCCUGCUCCUGAGAUACGGCGAUGAAUGGGUGAUGAAGUAUGACCGCUCUUCUCUUAAACUGCUUGGCUCAGUGGGGGAACCCAUCAACAAGGAGGCAUGGGAAUGGUACUUCCGUGUGGUCGGCGAGACAUGAUGCCCAGUAGUGGACACUUGGUGGCAAACUGAAACAGGAGGCAUCUGUAUCUCACCCCGUCCUUCUAAUCCUGGAGCUGAAAUUCUUCCAGGCAUGGCUAUGAGACCCUUUUUUGGGAUCAGCCCCUCUAUCUUGGAUGACAAGGGAAAAGUCCUUCUGGAAAAUGAUGUCUCAGGAGCUCUUUGCAUCUCACAAGCCUGGCCCGGUAUGGCACGAACCAUUUACAAUGACCACAAGAGAUUUCUGAAAACUUACCUGACUUCUUAUCCAGGAUUUUUCUUCACUGGGGAUGGUGCGUAUCGUACCAGUGAGGGCUACUACCAGCUAACAGGACGGCUGGAUGACAUCAUUAGCAUCAGUGGACACCGGCUGGGCACUGCAGAGGUGGAGAAUGUUGUGAAUCACCACGUGGCAGUGGCAGAGUCUGCUGUCAUUGGCUACCCACACGAGAUCAAGGGAGAAGGAGCCUAUGUGUUUGUUGUGCUGAAGAAGAAGGACAGUGGCUACACACAAGAGACUCUUGCUGCUGAGCUACAGGAGCUCAUCUCAAAGAAGACUGCUAAGUAUGCAGCUCCAGAUUAUGUUCAGGUCACACACCAGCUGCCCAAGACACGCUCGGGUAAGAUAAUGCGUCGGGUGCUACGGAAGAUUGUGGAGGACAAGGCCAGUGAGCUUGGGGACCUAACCACCCUGGAUGACCAUGAGGCUGUGCAGCAGAUCAUAGAGGGACACAAGCACCUUGUGGAGCGGCAGAAGGGCCACUAGCUUGGCUCUGCCAGUAGCCACCUCCUCCUCCUUCACUGCAGGAAACCCAGGAAAAUAUCCAGAAAAACCACUAAGCAAGUGGUGCCCAGUAAGUUCUCAGAU